AUGUCAAACGUUAGCCAGAUCUACAAAAGAACUGAAGUCAUAGGUCGUGGUAAAUUUGGUAUCGUCUAUAAAGGGAUCCAUAGAGCCACAAGACACGUCUAUGCAAUCAAGGUCCUUAAUCUUGACACUUCAGAAGAUGAAGUUAAAGAUGUUCAACAAGAAAUCCAAUUUUUAUCAAAUUUGAAACAAAUACCCAAUAUAACCCACUAUCACGGCUCUUACCUUAAUGGCACGAAAUUAUGGAUCAUUAUGGACUAUUGUGCUGGUGGGUCAUUAAGAACUUUGCUAAAACCAGGUAGAAUAGAGGAAACUUAUCUUGGUGUUAUAGUUAGAGAAGUGCUAAUUGCAUUACAAUACAUCCAUAAGCAAAAUGUUAUACAUAGAGAUAUAAAAGCUGCCAACGUCUUGAUAACAAAUGAAGGUAAAGUUCAACUCUGUGAUUUUGGUGUUGCCGCUCAGUUAACUUCAACAAGUUUAAGAAGAAAUACCAUGGCUGGUACUCCUUAUUGGAUGGCCCCGGAAGUUAUCAUGGAAGGUACCUCCUAUGAUGUUAAAGCUGAUAUUUGGUCUUUAGGUAUUACCAUCUAUGAGAUUGCCACUGGUAACCCACCAUAUUGUGAUAAAGAGGCAAUUAGAGCAAUGCAAUUGAUUACCAAAUCUAAACCACCAAGAUUAGAUGGUAAACAAUAUUCUUCACUAUUAAAGGAAAUUAUUGCCCUUUGUCUAGAUGAAAAUCCAGAGGAAAGAAUGAGUGCAGAAGAUUUAUUAAAAUCGAAAUUCAUCAAGUUUCAUAAAAAUUCAUCAACAAGUAUUUUGAAAGAAUUGAUUUCAAGAUAUUUAUUAUGGAGAGAAAAAAAAUCCUCAAGA